AAUCAUUUAGAACGUUGGCUACCCUGAAUGCAUCUGUCUCUGUCUUCUUUAACAACAGUCAACCGUCACACAAACUCAACUGGCGCCUGACUGCAAACUUUUAGAUUUUCAUACUAGAGAACCUAGGAUGUCUGACGACGGUACAACUGUGGAGAAGAAAGGCCGAGGUCGCACGGCCAAGACUAGUGAUGCAAAAGAGGCAAAGAAGCGAGGGAAGUCUGCAUCAGACAAGUCUCCUGCCAAGAAGGAGGACGGAGAGGCACCAGCAAAGAGAGGACGAGGCAGACCUAAGAAGAAGGCUGGCGGUGCUGCUGCAGCUAAACCUAAGGCCAAGUCUGGUUCUGGCAAAAGAGGACGGCCCAAAAAAGAGGAAAAGUCUGAGGAGGAAGAAGAAGAAGACGGAGAAGAAGAAGAAGGUGAAGAAGACGAGUAGACUAAUAUUAUAUACCAUUGAAUGAGUAAGUGAAGGCCAAUAGCCAAAAUGUGUUCUCUGUACAAAAUAUUCUAUCAUAGUCUACAUUACAUAUGUGUUCAUUGCAACAUAUUACUGUAAUCCUGUUUUGUGAUCUUUGUAGAAACAGUAAUUGUCAUAUUUAAGAAAUUAUCUCAUUUAUUAUUUCGAAUGCAUUUGUUGUAGGGUAAUUAAUUAAUUGUGUUCUAAUAUAAUCUAACUAUUUCGUCAAGACUUUAUAUUAGUUUGAUAGACCAGUCAUACACAAUUAAAUCCUAUUAUUUUCCUAUAUUUUUUACAAGUAACAUUUAUAUAUGUUUUUGAAUGCAUUAUUUAUUAUUCCAUGUGUGUAAGGAAACAUGUAUAAUGGUGUUAACCCAAUCUGUUAACAGUAUUAUGGUUACUAGAUAUAAUAGUUUGUUUUAAUUUCCAAGUAGUAGUCAUACAUUUUAUACUCGAAGAGCAUAAAUGUAACAAAGUCAAUGAAAAAAAAAAAUUUUAGUCACGAUCCUUAAUGUUUCACAUUUUUGUAAGUCUUAUAUAAGUACAAUCAAAUAUAAAUAAAGUAUUAAUGUAAAUGCUGA